GCGGCCCGGCCGGGACCCGUCGCCAUGGCGCCCACCAUCCAGACCCAGGCUCAGCAGCGGGAGGACGGCCACAGGCCCAAUUCUCACCGCACUUUGCCUGAGAGGUCCGGAGUGGUCUGCCGAGUCAAAUAUUGUAACAGCCUCCCGGACAUCCCCUUUGACCCCAAGUUCAUCACCUACCCCUUCGACCAGAACAGGUUUGUUCAGUACAAAGCAACGUCUCUGGAGAAGCAGCACAAACACGACCUCCUGACUGAGCCAGAUCUGGGGGUCACCAUCGACCUCAUCAAUCCUGACACCUAUCGCAUCGACCCCAAUGUACUCCUAGAUCCAGCUGAUGAGAAACUUCUGGAAGAGGAAAUUCAGGCUCCUACCAGCUCUAAAAGAUCCCAGCAACACGCGAAGGUGGUCCCAUGGAUGCGGAAGACGGAAUACAUCUCCACCGAGUUCAACCGCUACGGCAUCUCCAACGAGAAGCCGGAGGUCAAGAUUGGGGUAUCUGUGAAGCAGCAGUUCACGGAGGAAGAAAUCUACAAAGACCGGGACAGCCAGAUCACAGCCAUUGAGAAGACUUUUGAGGAUGCCCAGAAAUCAAUCUCCCAGCAUUAUAGCAAGCCCCGAGUAACACCUGUGGAGGUCAUGCCUGUCUUUCCAGACUUCAAGAUGUGGAUCAACCCAUGCGCUCAGGUCAUCUUUGACUCAGACCCGGCCCCUAAGGAUACAGGCGGGGCUGCUGCACUGGAGAUGAUGUCUCAGGCUAUGAUCAGGGGCAUGAUGGAUGAGGAGGGCAAUCAGUUUGUUGCCUACUUCCUGCCAGUGGAUGAGACGAUGAAGAAGCGGAAGCGGGACCAAGAGGAGGAGAUGGACUAUGCACCAGAUGAUGUGUACGACUACAAGAUUGCCCGGGAGUACAACUGGAAUGUGAAGAACAAGGCCAGCAAAGGCUACGAGGAAAACUACUUCUUCAUCUUCCGAGAGGGCGAUGGGGUUUACUACAACGAGCUGGAGACCAGGGUUCGCCUGAGUAAACGCCGGGCCAAGGCCGGAGUUCAGUCAGGCACCAACGCUCUGCUUGUGGUUAAACAUCGGGACAUGAACGAGAAGGAAUUGGAAGCUCAGGAGGCACGCAAGGCUCAGCUGGAGAACCAUGAGCCCGAGGAGGAGGAAGAGGAGGAGGAGGAGAUGGAGACGGAGGACAAAGAAGCCGGGGGCUCAGAUGAGGAACGAGAGAAGAGCAGCAGCGAGAAAGAGGCCAGCGAGGAUGAGCGCCUGGAGCGCUCGGGCAGUGAGAGUGAGCACGAGGAGGGCGACAGGGACGAGGCAAGCGACAAGAGUGGCAGUGGCGAGGAGGAGAGCAGCGAGGAUGAGGCCCGCGCUGCGAGGGACAAGGAGGAGAUCUUUGGUAGUGACGCCGACUCCGAGGACGACGCUGACUCGGAGGAGGAGGACCGAGGGCAGACCCGGGGCAGCGACAAUGAGUCCGACAGUGGCAGCGAGGGGGCUGGCCAGCGCAGCCGCAGCGCCAGUCCCUUCCCCAGUGGCAGUGAACACUCAGCGCAGGAGGAUGGCAGCGAGGCGGCAGCCUCCGAGUCCAGUGAGGCGGACAGUGACAGUGACUGAGCCGCAGGCCAAGGGCCGGCAGCAGUGCUGGAGGCACACUGCCAGUGCCCUGCAAGCCAGCCCUCCGCGGCGCUUCUUUCCCUUCCCUGAGCCUUUGUUAAUAAAGCCAACUUCACUUCGC